GCCUGCUUCCGUUCGUCUUCCUCAGGCUUCCGAGUUCCGACCCACCCCGGCGCUCCAGCAGUCCCACGCGGCCGCGCCCUGGCGAAUCAGUAGCUUCGCUCCGGCGGCUCCGCUCCCCACGGCCCACGCCCCCGGUCAGGUGACUCCGCGGCUCCGCUCCGGUGCCCACGGUCCAGCGGCCCCGCGCCCCGGCGCGGCGCUUUGCGCGCACGGAGGGACGUUUUCUGGGAGGGCGAAGCGGACGCCCGCUGUCCCGUUUAGUUGGCGUGGAGGCGAAGCUGCUGCUGGGGCUCCUCCAGGCUCCAGGAGCGCUACCAAACGGCUUCCUCCGCUGACUAGCGCUCGCGAUCUGAUCGUCGCCCUGCCAGAGUCCCAGCCAGCGCAGCCUCCUACUCGUAGCCCACCAUGAUCCAGGCGGUGAUGGUGAUCAGCACCCAGGCCAAGCCCCGCCUCCUCAAGUUUUAUAAUUUCCAGCCACCCGAGAAGCAUCAGGACCUCGUCCGCAGUGUCUUCCAAUUACUCUCUGCAAGGCCUGACAGCGUGAGCAAUUUUGUCAAGGUGGACUCCAUAUUUGGCCCGGGAACAAAAAUGGUCUACAAGCAUUUGGCCACACUAUACUUUGUUUUUGUAUUUGAUAGCUCUGAGAAUGAGCUUGCCAUGCUCGAUCUGAUUCAAGUUUUUGUUGAAACAUUGGACAAAUGCUUCAAGAAUGUAUGCGAGCUUGACAUUGUGUUUAACUUCAACAAGCUGCACACGAUUUUGGAUGAGAUGAUAUUGGGCGGACAGGUGAUCGAAACGAGUUCAGAACAAAUAAUGAAAUCCGUGGAAGAGAUUGAAAGACUGGAGAAACAAUCGAGCACAACCAGUUUCAUACCCAAGUCAAUUACAGAGCGUUUUACCCGUUAAGCUUCCACUCGUUUCCAGGACACCGAGCAUUUAGGUGUGAACAGAACUGAGAAGACAUACCAUUCCAGUCUCAUUUUAGUUCACCUGACGGGUUUUGUCAUGUUUCAUUGUAUGCCCCCGAGCUGUACUCUGUAAGCCUGUAACAUGGAUAUGAAUGCGGCAUCUGCAGUCUAAUAAUACUUCCUGCUUUAUAUGCUUGAUCGUCUGACAGUGCUUGCUGAGGUUCAGACAUGCAUCAGUAACAAACUAGCAAUAUUAUAGAGGGAUCGCUGGUCUCUCGCCUCAUGUAUCAUGAUAACUUAGAUCACUGUUAUUUUUUUUUUCAACCGACGUUGCCCAUUCA